AUGCAAAACUGGAAUCCAUGGCAGUUACCGACUGCCACUACUGUUACCGGGUCGAUGCCACAGACACCGGCAGGGCCCGGUUAUCCUGCUCCCGGGGCUGAUCCCAUGGCAACAAUGCAGGCAUACAUGCAAUAUUAUAAUCAGCCAGCACCGAGUGGAUAUACCCCUGAGCAAUGGUCAGCUGCUCAACAGCAAAAUUGGGCCCAAUGGCAGCAGUGGCAACAACAGUAUCAACAGUGGCAGGCUCAGUAUGGAGCUAAGUAUCAGGACGCGAUGAAGCAGAUGUCAACAGGCGUUGGUGGAAUUCCAUCAGUGAUUCAGCCUCCUCCACUUCCCAAGGAGAAUACAAACACGAAACCCCCUUUGCCACCGGAUACCGUGAACGCGUACAAUUUCUCAAAUAACGGGUCUCUACCACCUCACCAGAACAAUUUACCCCUUUUCCCAGCGAAAAAUUCCGCGAAUCCUCCGUUACCCCUCGGUCCACCACCUCCAUUGCCUGCCAAUUCUAAUGAAGUAACCUCGGGAAAUAAGAGAAGCGCCAAUACUGACAUCGUAACAGAUAGUGCUAAAAAAUUGAAAAACGAAGAAGAUGAACUCACUGAAGCUGAAAGAACAUUUGACGCGCAAUUUAAACAGUGGGAAGAACAAUUUAAUAAGUGGAAACAACAGAAUGCUAAUCAUCCGGAUAAGGCCCAGUACAAGCAGUACGAAGCAAAGUGGACAGCAUGGCGGGAGAAGUUGAUCGAGCGUCGUGAUCAAAUGCGGAAGAAGCGAGAAGCGCAAAAGGCGAAGAUAGAGGCAGAGAAGAAGAAGAACAUGCCGGGUGGUGACAAGAUACUAAAUAUCCUGUCCAGCACUGAGAAUCAGGGCUUGCUGAACAACCUCUUGGGGAUUGGAAAGACUCUUGGACUAACAGGUAAAGAACAAUCAGAAGAACAAUCAUCUCAAGCUCCAAUGCCAGCAGCUGGAUCAGCACCUGUAACACUAGCGCCGAAUGCGAUGCAAGGGCAGACAGCACCUUUACCCGCCAUGGCACCAGACAUGACUCAGAAUCCCUGGACAGCGCAACAGUGGCCAGGACAGUACAAUAUGGGCAAUAUGCCCAUGCCAGGAUUUGCAAACUUUGCACAACCUCCGCCUAUGCUGCCUUUGAAUAAUCCGCCACCGAUGCCAUCAGCCAUGCCAGGAUUUAAUCAACCUAAUUCAGUAAAUCCGGAUAAUAACUUCUCGCAGCCGCCCCCAGGAUUCAACACAGGCUUCUCUGGGAUGAACUCCCAGAUGAAUCAGAGUAAUGCUCGGGAUGGAAGUGGACAAGGCAGGCGUGAAGAUGGACCUCUGAACAUGCCCUUCAAGCGAGACUCGUACGAUCAAAAUCAGCAGAAUAGAUUCAAUGAUCGUGGACCCAAUGAUCGUGGACCUAAUGAUCGAGGACCUAACGAUCGAGGACCCAACGAUCGAGGACCCAAUGAUCAAUUUCGAGGACAUGAUCAGUUCGAUCGUGAUGGGCCGAGGGGUAUGAAUUCAGGGGGAAUGAAUCAAGGCGAUGGCCGUGGGGAUUUCCCGAAUGAUCGCUUUGGCAGAGACGGACGGGACUUUGGCUCUGGUGGACGAAACGAUUUUCGACCGGAUUCCUUUGCUCCUAAAGACCGAUUCAAUGACAGAGGCUUCGGUGAUAAUCGCUUCGAUGAUGAUCAGAAAUCGAAGGAUCAAGAUCGAUUUGGCCUCAAUAGAGGUCCCUUCGGCUCGAACUUCGAUCGUGGAUCUCAGGAUCGAUUCGGGGGCGAUGGUCGUUUUAAUAGUGGGAAUGAUCGAUUCAACAGCGGGAAUAAUCGUUUUAAUGACAACAAAGAUCGAUUUGGAGGGGAUAGAUCGAUGUCUGAUGAUCGAUCGAUGCCUGGUGAUCGAUUCGGUUCCAAUAUGAAUCGAUUUGAUUCAUCGGAUGGGAAUGAUCGGAGGGAUAAUUUUGGGUCUAACUCACGGAAUUUUGGGAAAAAUGAUCGAUUCGAUGCACCUCUAGAGAUGUCACCAGAGCUGAAAGCCCUUCUGGAAAAGAGACGAACAGCACAGAAUGUGUUUAAACCGUCUGGUACUUUUUUGAGCUCCGAGAAGAGUGUAAGUACCUUUGGAUCAUUGGGCGAGAGCUUUAGGAAAAUCACCGGCGAUGCACCAUUCCUACCGAGGGAUCGGUCAGGAGAUCAUGGUCGGAUGUCUCCUCAUGGCCCUUCAUCUAGACCUGGACCGUUCAGCGGAGGACCUAAUAGUGGGCCAGAUCAUGGUCUUUUACCAAGACCUGGGCCGUUCGGCGGAGGACCUAGUAGUGGACUGGACCUUGGCCCUCCAUCUAGAUCUGGCCCAUUCGGCGGAGGACCCAAUAGUGGACCUGACCAUGGGCCUUCAACUAGAUCUGGACCAUUCGGCGGAGGACCCAAUAGCGGACCAGAUCAUGGUCCCUCUAGACCUGGGCCGUUCGGCGGAGGACCGAACAGUGGACCAGAUCAUGGUCCUUCAUCUAGACCGGGCCUAUUCGGCGCAGGACCCAAUAGUGGACCAGACCACGGUCCUUCAUCUAGACCGGGGCUGUUCGGCGCAGGACCCAAUAGUGGACCAGACCAUGGUCCUUCAUCUAGACCGGGUCUGUUCGGCGCAGGACCCAAUAGUGGACCAGAUCAUGGCCCUUCAUCUCGACCGGGCCUGUUCGGCGCAGGACCCAAUAGUGGACCAGACCGUGGUCCUUCUAGACCUGGACCAUUCAGCGGAGGACCCAAUAGUGGACCAGAUUAUGGUCCUUCUAGACCUGGGCCAUUCAGCGGAGGACCCAAUAGUGGACAAGAUCAUGGUCCUUCAUCUAGACCUGGGCCAUUCGGAGGAGGACCCAAUAGUGGACUAGAUCAUGCACCUCUAGAGAUGUCACCAGAGCUGAAAGCCCUUUUGGAAAAGAGACGAACAGCACAGAAUGUGUUUAAACCCUCUGAUCCCUCAUCUAGACCUGCGCCUUUUAGUGGAGGACCCAAGAGUGGACCGGACCAGAUUUCUUCAUCUAGACCCCCAUUUUCUGGAGGACCCAAUAUUGGACCAGAUAACAGCUCUUCGUCUAGACCACCACUACUCAGCGGAGGACCCAAUAGCGGACCGGAUAACAAUUCUUCGUCUAGACCACCACUAUUCAGCGGAGGACCAAGUAGCGGACCGGAUAACAGCUCUUCGUCUAGACCACCACUAUUCAGCGGAGGACCCAAUAGCGGACCGGAUAACAGUUCUUCGUCUAGACCACCACUAUUCAGCGGAGGACUCGAUAGCGGACCAGAUAACAAGUUCCGAGAUGAUUCCCGUUCUCGAGGUGGAGACACUUUCCGACCUCGCGCUGGAGACUUCGAUUCGCGAGAUAUGGGACCCCGUCCGGGAGACUUCGAUUCACGAGAAAUGGGACCCCCUCCAGGAGAUCUUGGACCACGAGGAGGUAAUCUUGGAGCUCGAGGAGAACCCCCAGCACCGUUGGAUGCGUCUCCGCAGAAAGUACCACCCCUGGAAGUACCUCCUUGGAUAGACCCAAAUAUGAUGGAAAGCCCCAUGGAGUCAACUGAUGGGAACAGGGACGUGAACAAGACACCUGAUGUUCCAAAUCGCAAUGAUCCAGAUGAAAAAGAUGAACCUUUUGUGAAUCCUAAUGCAGAAUCAUCACCGAUUCCAGAACCGCUGGUGAAAAAACCGGAUGGACUGCCAUUCAUGGGAGAAAAUGAUCCAAAGCCUGAAGAUUUGAACAUGGAGCCUCCGCCAGAAUUACCAGAUUUGGGCCCGGUGAAACAAACCAAUCAAAUAGCUAAUGACGUACCAUCAGAGUCAAAAUCGUCUGGCAAUUCUUUCGAUCGUCCUGGGAACUUUUUCAAUGGGCCUUUUGGCGGUCCAGGUGGUUCCGGAAAUCGAGGAAUGAGCGGACAAGGAGGGCCUCAAGGCCCUGAUGGACCAGGUGGUUCCGGAAAUCGAGGAAUGAGCGGACAAGGAGGGCCUCAAGGCCCUGAUGGGCCAGGUCGUUUCGGAAAUCGAGGAAUGAGCGGACAAGGAGGGCCUCAAGGACCUGAUGGGCCCGGUCCUUUCGGAAAUCGAGGAAUGAGCGGACAAGGAGGGUCUCAAGGACCUGAUGGACUCGGUCCUUUCGGAAAUCGAGGAAUGAGCGGACAAGGAGGGCCUCAAGGACCUGAUGGACCAGGUCCUUUCGGAAAUCGAGGAAUAAGCGGACAAGGAGGGCCUCAAGGACCUAAUGGACCAGGUCCUUUCGGAAAUCGAGGAAUGAGCGGACAAGGAGGGCCUCAAGGACCUGAUGGGCCCGGUCCUUUCGGAAAUCGAGGACUGAGCGGACAAGGAGGGCCUCAAGGAUCUGAUGGGCCAGGACCUUUCGGAAAUCGAGGAAUGAGUGGACCAGGAGGGCCUCAAGGACCUGAUGGACCAGGUCCUUUCGGAAAUCGAGGAAUGAGCGGACAAGGAGGGCCUCAAGGACCUGAUGGGCCAGGUCCUUUCGGAAAUCGAGGAAUGAGCGGACAAGGAGGGCCUCAAGGACCUGAUGGGGCAGGUCCUUUUGGAAAUCGAGGAAUGAGCGGACAAGGUGGGCCUCAAGGACCUGAUGGACCAGGUCCUUUCGGAAAUCGAGGAAUGGGCGGACAAGGAGGGCCUCAAGGACCUGAUGGACCAGGUCUUUUCGGAAAUCGAGGAAUGAGCGGACAAGGAGGACCUCAAGGACCCGAUGGGCCCCUUCGAGGACCCAAUGAACCUCCUUUUGGUAUGAGAAAUAUGGGUGAUCCGAAAUUUUCUCCGCGGAUUCCUCAUGACGGUCCUUUCGCCCCGCGACCAAAUCCAGGGACAUUUGGGCCUGGCGGUAUGGACGACCGUUUCCGUAACGAUUCUGGAGAUUUUGGUCCUCGUUCUUCCAAUUUGCCAUUUGGGCCUAGAGACAAUGAUAGUUUUGGCCCUCGUAAUGCAAAUGCACCAUUUGCCCCGAGGGGACACGACGAUCUCGGCGGUCGCGGACCCAAUUCACAAUCUGGUCCCAGGGAUUUGGAUAAUUUUGGCCCUCGCGGGCCUCAACCAUUUGGACCAAGAGAUCGCGAAGUUUUUGGUCCGCGCGGACCAAAUUCCCAAUUCGGCCCUCGAGAUGAUGAUUUCGGUCCUCGUAACUUACCAUUCGGUCCUCGAGACGGUGACAACUUUGGCCCCCGAGGGGGUAAUAAUUCAUUCCGGCCCGGUGACACUGACAGUUUCGCCCCGCGUGGGCCUAAUAUGGGUCCCAGGCCUCGGGAUCUUGAUAAUUUUGGGCCUCGCGGACAAAAUGAUAUGCGUGAUCGGCCAUUCGGGUCGGACAACUUUAUGCCUCGACCUUUCGAGGCUUUCGGGCCUCCUAGAGGAGGACCUGAUUCGAAGUUUGGACCAGGUGACAAUGGCCCUCGAGGACCAAUGUCAUCAAUAAAUAUGGAUGGACCAAUGAACCAGCCAAGAGGAAAUAUGCUGGGUGGGAUAGAUCGUGACAGACCUUUUGAUCGGUUCCGAGAUGGGAUGAACCAACCGUUCGACAAACCUAUGGACGACUUGAGGCCACCUAUCGGAGGAUCUAUGCUGAAUCCCAGGGAUUCGGAUAGACGACCCAACUUGACAAGAUCGGAAAUGGAUCGUGAACCUCAAGACCCGAAGGGCCCUCUGAACAGAGAUGACAAACCGUUCAAUCGACCUGACGACAUACCAUCAUCAGGGCGACCAGCACCUCUCGGACCCGUGCAAAAAGGCUUCGACGAAUCUGCAACAGACGGUGCUCGCAAUUCCUUUUCACGUCGCAUGGAGCCGAUUCAACCGGGUAAUCGUAGUGAAGGUCCCAUCCGCGAAUUUUGCGCGGAGAAGCAGUUCAAUUAUAAUCAUGGUGGCGGUGUCCCUGAUCAGGUGUUUAAUGACUAUGUACCAUCAAAGGUUAUUGAUUACGGCCACAUCAGGCGACCCGUGCAACAAGAUUACGCGACACCCGCGCAAUGCUUUGAUUAUUCACACGGUAAGUUUAAGCUGAGAGCACCGGAUCACGAGAUUUUCCCGAAAUUGGAUUUCAAGCACUGGGUGGAGAAUGAUCAUAAUCUUCGCGAGUACGAUGAGGGAAUGAGGGCCUACGAAUCGCGGAAAAGACAUGCACGGAUGUUGAGGCAGAAUGAAUCAAGAAUGAUGGAGCCGAGAAUGGAUGAUCGGUGGAAACGUGAGGAUCACAGGGAGUUUGGAGGUGGCCGCUAUUCAUCGUGGGAUAAACCUGAUUUGGGAAGGAGUGCUGGUCCAAGAGGCCCCGAUUAUAAGGACCACCGUGACUAUGAUGACUAUAUGGACAAGAGAGACUCUUGGGAUAAACGAGGUCGAGGAAGAUCUUGGGAAAGAGACGUGGAGCAUCGUCGCGAAGAUCGAAAUCGUAGAAGCGUUAGCAAAGACAGGACACGUGAAAAAUACGAGAGAUCUCGAAUGGAUAUCGAUUCUGAAUUUAACAAUGAUGAUGAAAGAUCUAAAGGAAAUGUAAGCCGGCACGAGAACACAACAAAGACUUCCAAAGAAUCGUCUCCUCCGAAGGAUGCCAGCCAAUCAGCUGACAAACAAGAUGACAGUCCACCGAAGACAUUGGAGCUGGGGAAGUCACCGAAUUAUACUAUGGUGGAUGAGUUAUUGUGCUGUCCGGGGCGGCAAACUCGACCACCUAAGAUUGCAAUCAUCCUCAGGGGGCCACCUGGCAGUGGGAAAUCAUUUGCGGCAAAACUCAUCAAGGACAAAGAAUUGGAGCAGGGUGGAUCGGCGCCUCGGAUUCUCAGUCUAGAUGAUUAUUUCCUUGUUGAGAAGGAUGUGGAAACUACAGAUGAUAAUGGAAAGAAGGUGAUAAAUAAGGAAAUGGUGUAUGAAUAUGAGGAAGCCAUGGAGCCUAGCUAUGUGGCGUCGCUAGUCAAGGCUUUCAAGAAGAAUAUCACCGACGGUUUCUUCAAUUUCAUCGUUCUUGAUGCCAUUAAUGAAAAAAUAUCGGAUUAUGAAGAGCUGUGGAGUUUUGCCAAGACAAAAGGAUUCAAGGUGUUCGUCGUUGAAAUGGACAUGGAUGUUGCUAUCUGCUUGAAACGUAACAUUCACAACCGCACGGAGGAUGAGAUAAACAGGAUUAUCGACUACUUCGAGCCAACACCUAGUUAUCAUCAGAAAUUGGAUGUUUCCUCGCUUUUACAGGAGGACGUAAUUGAAGAGGUUCAGAUGGAAGAAGCCCAAUCGUUGAAAAAGCAAGGGGAGGGAAACGAUGACAGUCAGGAUAGUCAAGAGGAUGGCACGACUUCCACGGGCGUUAGCAAAUGGGAGAAAAUGGAGGCAGAGGACAAACUGGAUCGACUGGACGGUUUAACACGCAAGAAUGAUGGAAAACCUCAAACAAUGGAAGACUUCCUACAAGUCCCAGAUUAUUACAAUAUGGAAGAUAACUCUGGAAAGAAACGGGUUAGGUGGGCUGAUUUGGAGGAGCAAAAGGAGCAGGAAAAAAUGCGAGCUGUGGGAUUUGUGGUGGGCCAGACAAAUUGGAACAGAAUGAUGGAUCCUACUAAGGGUGGCAGUGCACUCACACGUACCAAGUUUUUCAAGUUGUCUUAAUGAAUUAAAAUGGGAAUACCCUGAUUGCUGAAAGACGUGUAUCGAUAAGAAAUGAUAAUUAAGAUGAUGCGUAGAAAUUAGACCUUUAACUCUGGUCACAUUUUGCAACUCAAUACUUAGUCUAAGUUAAUCGACGAUUUGUCUCUGAAAUGUAUGUAUCACAAAUAAAUGUUCAAUUAAGUGCAGUGGAAGAAAUGAGGUACCAAUUCAUCUGAGAAAAAGAAUC